AUGCCUACGUUUCGCAAGUCGCUGCUCGCUGCCCUCUGCCUGUUCGCCUUCACCUUCUUCCUUCGCUCGACGCGAACGCCCGACGUCCCCGGUGCCCCGGGUUACAAGCCAGUGCACAAGAUCUCGGAGGAGCAAGAGGCUGCAGAAUUGGAUGCUGCGCGAUUGAAGGCGACCAAAGGGUGGUCCCAACAGCCUCUGACGGAGUCGUCGCUGGCACCAUUACGCGAUCGCCUCCGGUACCAAUUCCCCUACCGUCUCGAGAACAGGUUCCCGGCCUAUAUCUGGCAGACCUGGAAAUACACCCCGGCCUCCAUGUGGUUCAAAGACGAGUACCGCGUCACCGAGGCUAGCUGGACCGAGCUGCACCCGGGAUUUGUGCACGACGUAAUUACCGACGACCUCCAGCGCAAUCUGAUCCAAUACCUAUACGGCUCGAUGCCAGAUGUAUUUGAGGCGUACGAAUCGCUCCCGCUGGCGGUCAUGAAAGCCGAUUUCUUCCGAUACUUGAUCCUGUUGGCGCGUGGCGGCAUUUACAGCGACAUUGACACGCUGGCCCUGAAACCCGUGCGCGAGUGGCUCCCCGAGCCGCUCGACCGGGCCACCGUGGGUCUCACUAUCGGCAUCGAGGCCGAUCCGGAUCGUCCGGACUGGCAUGACUGGUACACGCGCCGCAUUCAGUUCUGUCAGUGGACUAUCGUUGCCAAGCCGGGACACCCUGUUCUUCGUGACAUGGUGGCUUAUGUCACCGAGGAGGCCCUGCGCAUGAAGAGGGAAGGGGUUCUCAAGAAAGGAAAAAUGGAUAAGACUAUCAUGGAGUUCACGGGUCCGGGUGCCUGGACUGACGCUGUAUUCCGCUACUUCAACAACCCGGCCUACUUCAAUAUCCAGCCGGGGGAUCGCAACGUCACCUAUGAAGACUUUAGUCACCAGACUACUCACCGGAAAGUUGGCGAUGUGGUUGUCCUGCCUAUUACGAGCUUCAGUCCGGGUGUUGGGCAGAUGGAAGCUGGAGAUACCGACGAUCCUAUGGCUUUUGUGAAACAUGAAUUCGAUGGAACAUGGAAAACAGACCCGUCGCUUUGA